CAACUGGAUUUUGGGGGCUGUGGAAUCUAUUUUGCCUUUGCUUUGUCUUCCACAAUAAUCUAUUCUCUCUAAAAUUCGAGUGAAGAAGCGCGUUUGACCUCGUAAAAAUCCCUUCCACCUCAUUCUUUAGACAUCUUCAAUUCAACCCUUUUGUUAGGAAUCUGUAUUUGACACCAUUCAUUUAUACACACACACACCAUCUUCUUGGCACCAAAUAACACAAACACAACAAAUCGAGUUGAUAUUGAAUUGAUCCAACAUCAAAUGGGUGACAUAGUGAAACAAAUAUUAGCAAAACCGAUCCAACUAGCAGACCAAGUAACAAAAGCAGCAGAUGAAGCAAGUUCAUUCAAACAAGAAUGUUCUGAGCUCAAAUCCAAAACAGAAAAACUCGCUACUCUUCUCCGUCAAGCAGCAAGAGCGAGCUCUGAUCUCUACGAACGUCCAACAAAACGGAUCAUCGAAGAAACAGAACAAGUACUCGACAAAGCACUUUCAUUAGUCCUAAAAUGUCGUGCUAAUGGUCUCAUGAAACGUGUCUUCACCAUCAUACCAGCUGCAGCCUUCCGUAAAACAUCCUCCCAUCUAGAAAACUCUAUUGGUGAUGUUUCAUGGCUUCUUCGAGUAUCUGCCCCCGCUGAUGAUCGCGGUGGCGAGUAUCUUGGACUUCCACCAAUAGCAGCCAAUGAACCUAUAUUAUGUUUUAUAUGGGAGCAGAUCGCUAUGUUAUUCACCGGUUCACAAGAAGUUCGUUCUGAUGCAGCUGCUUCGCUUGUGUCAUUGGCACGAGGCAGUGACCGAUACGGGAAGCUUAUAAUUGAAGAAGGUGGGGUUGGUCCACUUUUGAAGCUGAUCAAAGAAGGGAAAGCUGAUGGACAAGAGAAUGCUGCUAGAGCUAUUGGUCUGCUUGGUCGUGACGCGGAGAGUGUUGAACAUAUGAUUCAUGUUGGUGUUUGUUCUGUUUUUGCGAAAAUUCUUAAAGAAGGUCCUAUGAAAGUUCAAGGUGUUGUUGCUUGGGCUGUUUCUGAACUUGCUGCUAAUUAUCCUAAAUGUCAGGAACUUUUUGCUCAGCAUAAUAUUAUUAGGUUGCUUGUUGGUCAUUUAGCUUUUGAAACUGUUGAGGAACAUAGUAAGUAUGCUAUUGUUAGUAUGAAAGCGAAUUCGAUUCACGCCGCUGUUGUUAUGGCUAGUAAUAAUAAUAAUUCUAGCUCUAAUCUUAAUCCCAAGAAGGGAACUGAAAAUGAAGAUGGUGUUGUUGUUGGUGGUGGCAAUAAACAUGGUCGUGUAUCACAUCAUCCAUUAGGUGAAAGACCAAGAAAUCUGCAUAGAGUGAUCACAAGUACUAUGGCAAUUCAUGCUGCUUCCAAGCAGCCCAAUGAAGGAAAUGAAGCAAAUCAAAAUCAGAACAUUUUGGCCAAUUCCAAUACUCCUAAUGGUAAUGGACUCGGUAAUGGUAAUGGUAAUGGUAAUGAUGGUGGGAAGCAAGGAAAUCAUAAUAAUCAUCAGAGAAAUUAUUCGCAUUCGGGGAUUAACAUGAAGGGAAGGGAAUCUGAAGAUGCUGAGACUAAGGCAAGUAUGAAGGAAAUGGCAGCAAGAGCUCUAUGGCAUUUGGCUAAAGGUAAUGUGGCAAUUUGUCGAAGCAUUACAGAAUCAAGGGCGUUGUUGUGUUUUUCUGUUUUGCUUGAGAAAGGACCGGAGGCUGUGCAAUACAAUUCCGCGAUGGCGUUGAUGGAGAUUACUGCUGUGGCUGAGAAAGAUGCUGAAUUGAGGAAAUCUGCAUUCAAGCCUAAUUCUCCUGCCUGCAAAGCAGUUGUUGAUCAAGUGCUUAAGAUAAUUGAGAAAGCAGAUUCAGAUCUUCUCAUACCGUGUGUCAAGGCGAUUGGGAAUUUGGCAAGGACAUUCAAGGCUACCGAGACAAGGAUGAUCGGUCCAUUGGUAAAACUUCUUGAUGAAAGAGAGGCAGAGGUUUCAAGGGAGGCGUCAAUCGCGCUUAGGAAAUUCGCCGGCAGUGAAAACUACCUUCAUGUUGAUCACUCCAAGGCAAUUAUCAGUGCAGGUGGGGCAAAACACUUGAUUCAGCUUGUAUAUUUUGGAGAACAAAUGGUUCAGAUUCCAGCAUUGGUUCUGCUCUCUUACAUUGCAUUGCAUGUGCCGGAUAGCGAGGAACUUGCUCUGGCUGAGGUGCUAGGAGUGCUUGAAUGGGCAUCCAAGCAAUCUUUCAUGCAACAUGAUGAAACCCUUGAAGAAUUGUUGCAAGAAGCCAAGAGUAGGUUGGAGCUUUAUCAGUCUAGAGGUUCAAGAGGAUUCCAUCAUAAAUUGCAUCAGUAGGAAGAAUAGUACAUUGCCAUCAUCAUUGUAAAUGUUAAGGUUUUUCAGCCAUUCAUAAUUCUUAUCUAUUCCACCAUUCUUCUGAGUAUGUAUACAAUCAAUUUGGCUCCUCCAAAAUGAGUAAAUUGUAAAGUGAGAAAUUUUGAAGUUGUUAUUUCAACAAACUCGUGAUUCAAUAUAACGUACAUGUAAAACCCACAUUUGAUUUGUUAAUUCAGUUGAUAAUACUCACUUUACACUCUAAUGUGAGUUGUUCACUUUAGAGGAGCCAAAUCAGUAUACAAUCAAUUUACUUUUUCAGUUGUGCAGACUCAUUUUCAACUGUCUAGUGAAUUGUUUUCUUAACCUAAAUGUUAUACAACCCUUCCCUUUCUUUGCAA